AAAUAACAUAUAUAUGGUCUGUGUUGUGCUCCGGGCGAGCGGGCUGAACUCCGUGAAUGUGCUGCUGCCGAAACUCGCAGGUGAUUCGCACUGACUGAUGGAGAACAGGCGAGGCUCUCAGUGAUAGUAUGGAUCCGGACAGCGGGGCCGACAGUCAGCGAGCUCUCAGUCUGCAGUGGAAGAGUUACAAGCUCAUCCAGGACCCCGCCAUUCGCAGGGUCGCCCAGAAAGUCUACCGAUACGAUGGGGUGCACUUCAGCGUGCCGGACUCGGGGUUCCCCCCUGUGGGAGACCUGCGAGACCCGCGACCUCGCAGGAUCUGGUCCAAGCGCACAGAGCUGGCCCUUCCAGUGCCCAAAUUUAAGCUGGACGAGUACUACGUGGGCCCCAUCCCCCUGAAGGAGGUGACCUUCGCGCGCCUCAACGACAACAUCCGCGAGCCCUUCCUGGCCGAGAUGUGCGCCAAGUUCGGCGAGGUGGAGGAGAUGGAGAUCCUCUUCCACCCCAAGACCCGCAAGCACCUGGGCCUGGCCCGCGUGCUCUUCACCAGCACCCGGGGGGCCAAAGACACCGUCAAGCACCUGCACAACACCUCCGUCAUGGGCAACAUCGUCCACGCGCAGCUGGACAUCAAAGGCCAGCAGAGGAUGAAAUACUAUGACCUGAUAGUGAGUGGCUCGUACACCCCCCAGACUGUCCCCACGGGGGGGAAGGCCCUGACGGAGCGGUUCCAGCCCCCUGUCCCCGCGCACCCCGACACGUCCUCGGACGUCCGGCGGCGUCUCUCGGCCGACGCGAUGGCGGCCGGCAUGGCGGCCCCGCCCCUGACGCCCGGCAGCACCACGCCCUGCUCCUCGGACACGGGCUUCAGCGAGCAGCGCCUGGACACGCCCCCGUCCUCCAUGGGGGGGCCCUACACGCCCGGCUCGUCCGCCUCCUCCCAGGGCGGGGGCACGCCCUACACCCCCCGCUCCGGGACCCCCUUCUCCCAGGACUCGGGCUUCUCCAACAGACACGGCGCCGCGGGCUUCGGCGGGAACAGCUACCCGCCUCCGGACCUGCUCCCCUCUUCCUCCUGCUCUUCCUCGGCCGUGUCCUCCUCCUCCUCCUCCAUGGGAGGCUACAAGGCCUCCCGGUACCACGAGGACGCGCACGCCCUGCCGCAGGAGCACCCGCCGUACCACAGGGGGCGCCCCGCCUACCCCCCGCCCCCCGCGGGCCCCUACCGGCCCAACGAGCCGCCGGCCUACCCCCCCUUCUCCAACCCCGGGGGCGGAGGCGGCGGCGGCGGCGGCGGCCCGCACAUGCAGCUCCACCCGCCCUUCCCCCCGCCGCCGCCCGGCUCCCAGUACGACCCGCCCGCCCACUCGGAGAGGGAGCGGGAGAGAGAGAGGGAGCGGGAGAGGGAGCGGGACCGCGACCGGGAGAGAGAGAGGGAGCGGGACCGAGAGGCGGGGAGGUACGGCUCCGCGAUCGGGUCCAGGCGGUCCUCCUACCACCACUACCCGCUGGACACGAACUCUUCCUCCUCGUCCUCCUCCUCCUCGUCCUCCAAGGCGUACCACUCGCACCACCACCACGCGGAGCGGCGGGAGGACCGGAGUCGCCGGAGCGGCAGCAGCGGCUCCGCCUCCCGGGCCGGAGACCACGCCCACCAGAGGCACCGCAACCACCACCACUCCCACAACCACCACGGCGGCGGCGGCGGCGGCGUGGGCAGCGGGGGGAGGCGGCGGUCCAGCCACGACCGCGACCGCGAGAGGGACCGCGAUCGGGACCGCGAGCGCGCCGCCCGCGACGGCGAGUACCCCAACAGCCACCCGAACGCCGGCGCGGGCCACGCCUCUUCCUCCGCCGCGCAGGUGUCCUCCAACAGCCUCUCCCCGCCCCCUUCCUCCGCCGCCUCCUCCUCCUCCUCCUCCUACCCUUACCCCCCGUCCAAAGAGCAGCCCCCGCUGCCGCCCCACGACCCGGCCCCGCCCUCGCGCCCGGAGCCGCCGCCAGUCUUCCGUCCGCCCGCGGGGGGCGGGGCCGGGGCGGAGAGGGUCGCCGGGAGCGACAAGGACUACAGGCUCCUCCCCCACCACGCCCCGCUCCCGCCGCCGCCGCCGCCCCCGCUGCCCCCGGCGUCCGUCAUCGCCGCCGCCGUGGCCGAGACCUACGGCGCGGCCGACUACGGCCAGGACAGCCCCGAGAAGGAGCAGUGGGUCCGCCCCAAGAGGAGACCCAGCACCCCGCCCUCCCCGCCGCCCCCGCAGGCCGCCGGCCCCGCCGCCUCCUCCUCCCCGCCCAACCCCUGCAUCACCUCCUCCUCCUCGCCCUCGUCCUCCUCCCGGCCCCUCUCACCGUCCCUCCCGCCCCUGCAGCGAAACUCCUCCUCCCCCGAGCCGGACUCGACCAAUGAGAGCCUGCCGUUCGUCUACCACAGCAGCAGCCUGGACUCGCGCAUCGAGAUGCUGCUGAAGGAGCAGAAGGCCAAGUUCUCCUUCCUGGCCUCCGACGACGAGGACGAGGAGAAGAAGGGCGAGGAAGAGGAGGGGCGAGCGGGAGGGGGCGGGUCCGCGGCGGCGGCGGGAGGGGGCGGAGCCUCGGCGACGGCGACGGCGACCGCGCCGGAAGGCAGGAAGCAGAAGCAGAAGGACGACGCCGCCGCCGCCGAGCGGGACAGGCACCGGCGGCGAGACGGAGGGGCGGGGCCCGGCCCAGGCCCCGCCCAGCAGGACGGAGGCCGCGCCCGGCGGAAGGGGGAGCGGGAGAGAGAGCGCGACGGGCGCCGCCGGAAAGGCCGGAAGGAGGGGGAGGGGGCGGAGGGGCGGAGCCCGGCGCUGGCGGCCGCGGCGGCCGCCGCCCCCUCCUCCUCCUCCACCACCGCCGCCUCUUCCUCCUCCUCCGCCUCCUCCGCCCGCACCCCUCCCCCGGACUCCGCCCCCGCGGCGCUCAGCCGCCCCGAGCCCGCCCACUCCGGACCGACAGACCCCCGCAAGAGGGCGCACACGCCCUCCACCUACAACGGACAGGGCCAGCAGUCCCCACACUCCUCCGGGGAGGACAUGGAGAUCUCCGACGAGGACGACGGGAACGCCAUCGCGGCCGGCGCCUCGGCCCCGCCCCCCUCCUCCUCCUCGCCCCUCGCCCCCCAGUCCCAGGCGGCCACGCCCUCCCAGGCGACCGACCCAGCCGCCGCCGCCGCCGCCUCGUCCUCCUCCGCCUCCUCCCCCCCGCCCCCGUCCUCGGACUCCGCCCAGCAGCGCUUCGGCGCCGUCCUGCCCCCGCCCAUGCCCUCCUUCCCCCCGCACCUGCCCCCGCCCCCGCCGCCGGGCUUCUCCCUGCAGCCGCCCCCGCCCCCGCCGCCCGGCAUCCCCCCGCCCCUGCCCCGCCUGGAGCUGCCCCCGGAGUUCCCCCCGCCCGUCCCGCUGCACAUGUACGACUACGCGGGCUCGGUGGAGCUGGCCAGCCAGUGCGGCGGCGGCGGCGGCGGCGGCGGCGGCGGGGGGGGAGGGGCCCCCAUGUCCUUCCAGAUGCAGACGCAGAUGCUGAGCCGCCUGCACCAGCUGCGCAUGUCCUCCAGCAACGGGACCGCCUCCCCCGGCGACGGCGAGUACCCGCCGUCCUACCCCCACGCCCUGUCCCACCUGCGCCCGCUGCCCCCGCCGCCGCCGCACCACCCCUACAUGGACCAAGAGGGCGGCGGCGCCGUCCGCUACGACCAGGACCACCGCUACAUGCCCCCGCCCAUGCCCUACGCCUACCCGGACCCGCACAACCCCCAGCUGCCCCCGCCCCAUCCCCCGCCGCCGCCGCCCCCCCACCACGGCCUGCCGCCCCCGCCGCCCUCCCCCUGGCCCCCCCACAUGGUGCCGCACCCCUACCCGUCCUACCUGCACCCGCCGCCCCCCUUCGGGCCGGACGGCGCGGCGACGGCGGCGGCGUACGGGGCGCGCUUCGGGGAGGCGGGGGGCGCGGGCCUGCCCCAGCACCCCCACGAGGCCACGGUCCAGAUGGUCCUGGCCACGCUGAUCCAGGAGAUGAAGAGCAUCAUGCAGAGGGACCUCAACCGCAAGAUGGUGGAGAACAUCGCCUUCGGCACCUUCGACGAGUGGUGGGAGCGGAAGGAGCGCAAGGCCAAGCCCUUCCAGACGGCGGUGCGGGGCCUGACCGCCGUGCGGGAGGAGGAGAAGAAGGAGGAGAAGGAGAAGCCGAGCGGCCGGCCGCGGGAGCCACUGCUCUCCCUGGUGGACUGGGCCAAGAGUGGCGGUCUGGAGGGGUUCUCCCUGAGGGGAGCUCUCAGGCUGCCCUCCUUCAAGGUGAAGAGGAAAGAGAUCACAGAUGGUGGGGACCUGAAGAGGCCCCGCCCCUCCACCCCGGCCGACGAGGAAGACGAAGACCUGUACCAGGAGAAAGGCCCCGGGGCCCCCGGGGGCCUGGACGAGGGGCCCGAGGCGGAGAUGGACGGGAGGAGGAGGAGGGCAAAGAGGAUGAAGAGGCAGAAGGCCCUGGGCCUGGACAGCGAGGGAGAGGAGACGUCGGACGGCUCCUCCUCAGACAAGGAGGACGAUGAAGAUGACGACAGCGAUAAAGAGGAUGAUUCAGAAGACGAGGCCAUGAGCGCCGACAGUGAGGACGAGAGCUCUUCCUCGUCUUCCUCGGAGAGCUCUUCCUCGUCCUCGUCCUCCUCGUCUUCCUCCUCGGAAGACGAAGAGGAGGACGAGGAGGAGGGCGAGCGAGCAGGGGAGAGCGAGGGCCUGGACACCAUGGACGAGUCGACGAUGGACAGCACGGUACAGGAUGUGGAGAGGGAGCAGAGGGAAAGGGCGCAUCUCAGCCAAUCGGGAGUGGCCGUUGUUUCAGGCUUGGAACCCGCCCGGAGUGCAGAGGUCCAAUCAGUGAAAAUGGCGGCGGAAGCGGAGGGGAAGGACGCGGCUGCUGCCCUGGAGUGCCGCCCACCGAAGCCGCCGCCCCCCCGCCCCUCCUCCCCCAUCCUGCUCCUCCCCCCCCUCAAGAAGCGGCGCAAGACCGUGUCCUUCUCCACGGAGGAGGUGGAGAGCAGGGGCCCCCCGCCCCCCUCCCUGCUGACCUCGCCCCCGUCCCCCGCCCCCACGCAGUCCCUGCUCCUCUCCCCGGUCAGGGCCCAGCUGCCCGAGUCCAUCCUCACCGGCUCCGCCCCCGCCACGCCCACCGCCGCGGCCAAGCCCCUCCCGGUGCUCCUCCCGUUCGCCUCCAAGCCGGGCGAGGCCGCCUCCCUCUCCCCGUCCUCCCCCGCCCGGGUCCUCACCGUCCCGCCCCCCGUCCGCUCCCUGCGCCCGGACGAGCCCCCGAAGAGCCCCGGGCCGCCGCCCCCGCCGUCCCCCCAGGCCGCCGCCGCGCCCGCCAAGUCCCCGCCCGCCUCCAAGCGAGGGGCCAAGGACUCCGCCCCCUCCCCGACCGCGCCGGUCUGCCGCACCGUGCAGAACCUGCCCCUGGACCACGCCUCCAUGGUCCGCCUCUCCUUCGAGGAGCCCGCCCCUUCCCCCGGCCCCGCCCAGAGGGGCCGCCCCAGGGGCCGCCCCAGGACGGUCAGCCUCUCGGCCCCGGCCCCGCCCUUGCCCCCCGAGGCGCGGGAGGAGGAGCAGCAGGAGGCGCGGGAGCAGAAGCUGCGGCUGAAGGAGGAGCUGGGCGCCUCGGGCCUGCUGCAGCUGGCCUCGGCGGGCGACCUGUCGGUGCUGGCGGCCGUGGCGCUCAAGCUGGACCCCGACGCGCAGGACUCGGAGGAGACGGAGACCUCGGACGAGGCCGAGGAGAUGCAGCAGGAGCUGGAGAGGGAGGAGGCCCCGGCCCCGGCCCCGCCCGCCCUCAGCCCCGAGGGCUUCCUGGUCCUGCAGGAGCACAACUACUCCAGGCUCCCCUUCGUCCCCUCGCCCGCCCCCGCCGCCGCCCCAGCCCACAGGAGGCCCAAAGCCGACGCCCACCCCCCCGCGCUCCCCGCCGACAUCGACCUCCACGCCGCCUCCGGCGUUCUGGAGGCGCCGGAGGAGGUCAUCGGGGAACCGCCGGUGGCCAAGGCGGAGCCCGCCGAGCUCUACCCGCCCUUGGAGCCCCUCCCCGGGUUAGGCGCGCUAGGCGAGACCGGGGAUGCUGAGGCCAAGGCCCCCGUCGCCGCCGCGCCCCUGAGGAAGAGGGAGGCCGGGGACGCGGAGGUGGAGGAGGAGGCGACGGGGAAGGUCAAAGGGAGGAAGAAGAAGAGGAAAGAGAAGGAGAAGCAGGAGCAGCUGCAGAUGAAGAAGCAGAAGGAACGACAGGGCAGGAAGCAGAGGAAGAAGCCCUUCGAGGAGCUGGACCUGGAGGAGGAGGUGGACGUGGAGCAGCUGGAGCCCGGGGAGCUCAGCAACUCGGAGGAGGAGCCGGAGAAGGAGGAGGAGGAGGAGCAGCGGCAGCUGGAGCGGGAGCAGCGGGAGGACCUGCGCAAGAGCGAGCGGCUCUUCCUGCAGCCGGCCCGGCCCAAGGCCGCCGCCCCCGCCGCCGCCCCCGCCGCCGCCCGCCACGCCCCCAAGCGGUACGACCUGCGCAGCGAGUUCGAGCAGAUGACCAUCCUGUACGACAUCUGGAACUCGGGCCUGGACACGGAGGACAUGCGGCUGCUCAAGACCACCUACGAGAAGCUGCUCCAGGACGACCACAGCACCGACUGGCUCAACGACACCCACUGGGUCCACCACACCAUCACCAACAUCCCGAACCCGCGGCGGAAGAAGAAGAACCAGGACGAGCAGCUGCGGGAGCACCAGACGGGCUGCGCGCGGAGCGAGGGCUACUACGCCAUCAGCCGCAAGGAGAAGGACAUCUACCUCGACCUGGACCCCGUCUCGUCCCUGGAGCCCGACUGCGACAACACGGGGACGAACCGCAUCCUGUCGGAGAGGCGUUCGGAGCAGCGGAGGCUGCUGAGCGCCAUCGGGAGCACGGCGGUCAUGGACUCCGACCUGCUCAAGCUCAACCAGCUGAAGUUCCGGAAGAAGAAGCUGAGGUUUGGCCGCAGUCGGAUCCACGAGUGGGGCCUGUUCGCCAUGGAGCCCAUCGCCGCGGACGAGAUGGUCAUCGAGUACGUCGGCCAGAACAUCAGACAGAUGGUGGCUGAUAAUCGGGAGAAGCGCUAUGCCCAGGAGGGCAUUGGCAGCAGCUACCUUUUCCGAGUGGACCACGACACCAUCAUCGACGCCACCAAGUGUGGCAACCUGGCCCGCUUCAUCAACCACUGCUGCACUCCCAACUGCUAUGCGAAGGUCAUCACCAUUGAGUCCCAGAAGAAGAUCGUGAUCUACUCCAAGCAGCCCAUCGGGGUCAACGAGGAGAUCACCUACGACUACAAGUUCCCCAUCGAGGAGAACAAGAUCCCCUGUCUGUGCGGGACGGAGAACUGCCGUGGCACGCUCAACUAGACCUGAAACGGGACGGCAGGGAUUGAGGGGGGGGGGGGGGAGGGGGAGGGUCCCCGAAAGGCUCUCCCUCUUCUCUCUGCUAACCCCCGUCAGAGAACACCCUUUUAAAAAAAAAAAAAAAAAAAAACGCACACGGAGCCUCCCCUUUUCCGCCAAACCCCGCCUCCUGUUCAUCUAAACCUGACCGCCUUCCACCCAAACUCCGCCCCCUCCUGCCCAGGCCCCGCCCCAUCUUCCAUCCAUCCAUCCAUCCAUCCAUCCAGACCUCGCCUCCUCCCUCAGAGCACCACCGCGGUUCGCUCGAAACCCCGCCCCUCCCUCAGAACCCCGCCCCUCGGCGCACUGUCACAGCCGCUCUGACCCGGUUUCUGUUUUGCGUGUGUCUGCUGCACUUUGAGCACCUUCGCCCCCCCCCCCCCAGCCUCCCCACGGGACACAGCCCGGCGAAGACGGCGUCUCCUAAAGCCGCAGUAACAGUCUGACGGCGACCGUGUCCCCUGCAGGGUUAUCCAUUCCCGGCUCUCUCUCCUGCGGCAGGAGGAGGAGGAGUACUACCGCACGCUAGUCGCUCGAUAUUUGGUUGCGGGUCCCACCCGCACCCUCCGGCGGAAUAGUCUGGUUACACCUUGCGUGUAUAGCCCCACCCCCCUUCCCUUAAAAAAAACAAAAAAAAAAAAACAAAAAAAAAAAAAAAAAACCACCCCCUUCGCCAACAGGCACGCAGGGCUCCCUGCAUCUGGCUAAAGCGGUCACACGCACGCACACGCACACCCAACCCAUAUCGGGACCGAAUAUGCAAGCUUCAGAAAUCAAGGUUUCUCCUGGUUUUUUUUUUUAUUCACAGUUGAGUAAAAGUUUUAAAUGCGUACGAAUAAAGCUGUGAGUUUCCUUGCAGUGAAAACGGAUCGAAACGUCCGUAGCGCUGCAGCCCUGCGCCGCUCCCAAAGUCCUCUGCGUUCCCUUUUUUACUGGUGUGACCUAGAACCCAUUCCCCUGUAGGCACCGACACGUUAAGAAAAGGUUCCCCCCGACCUUGUCUUUGAAGCGUUUGACCAUUCUGUUUUUUAAAAAUGUAGAAUAAAGCCUAGCCUCAGUUUAAAUAGUAUUAUUGCUAUAAUUUUAGUCGACAGAAUAGCACAAGUGGGAACACUCUAAUCGUACGUUUUCCCUCCCCUCGAUGGUGCAGGCAGAAAUGAUGCUCAGUGUCGAUUCGCCACGAACAGAAUAUCGUGAUUACUGUUCAGGGCCGAGGCGGCGACGCUAGCUCUGCGCGCUCUGCUAGCUCUGCGCAUUCUGCUAGCAUCCCGUGUUCUGCUAGCAUAGCGCGUUUCACUAGCAUCCCGUGUACUGCUAGCAUAGCGCGUUUCGCUAGCAUCCCGUGUACUGCUAGCAUAGCGCGUUUCGCUAGCAUCCCGUGUACUGCUAGCUGGGCGCGUUUUUGCUAGCUGUGCGUGGUCCACCAGCUUUGCGCGUUCCGCUAGCUGGGCGCGAUUCGCUAGCUGUGCGCGGUUCCCUCAGCCGCACAAAUUCACGGGCUGAUGACUCGGCCGGUCCGCGUGCGAGACGUGACUGGAGAGAAGCAGACCGGAGAUGCUUCCCGUUUCCCACUCGAGACGGGAAUGUGAGCAGCUGCGUUUUUUUUUAAGCCGGGGUCACGUCCGAUUAGCAGAUGUCGUCACCGUCUUUCCUCCUGUUUGUUCUUCGAGUGGAAAUCCGUUUAAAUCGACGUCAGAAAAGCACCUGUUACAUCACCGUCACGUCUGUGUUCUCACCACCUCACCUGCGUCAAAAGGAAUCUGUCAUCAUUCUGUACUGGAACCAGGGUUACCUGUUUCUCCACUUUUUCAGAUUCUGUACUUUUUAAAACCGUUUUUCUUUACGAAGGAAUCUGAAGUGGCCUGGCAGGCUCGGUCGAUCCUCCUUGUUCAUCCCGGGAUGUUGAUUUUUAAAGCUUUUUUUAUUUUGUGAAAGGGGAUGACCUUCCAGCAAACGAUGAAGGACGAACGGGUGCCCCCGCCCUCGGCGAGCCGGAAACAGGACUCCGUGUCCCAGCUGUCCCUAGCGCCCCACUGAUUUCUGGGAUUGAAAGGCUGGUUUCCGUCGAAUCUGUCAAGUGUGCCGAACUUAGGCAGGCUCAGCCAUAGUGUCGAUAGUUUCUUAGCUUAUUCUCUAAAUUUCUGCGUUUUGUUCCAAAUGAGGAAACCUGUAAGAUACUUCUAACGGCAGCAGAAGCCUUUCAGUACAAAGAAAACCCACAGAAUUAUAACACAAAAGGGGAAUUAAGUGUAAAUAUUGUAGAGGUGUUUGUUUCUCGUAGAAACACACUGGUAUCAGUCUGUAAAUACGUUCUUCUUCCUUUCCUACUCCCAGACAAAGUGUACAUACCUUUCCAUUCAGUUCUUAUUUUUGUUUUCCUUGUUUUAAUUUUGAUUUAUUAUUUUAAUAUUAUUUGCAAUAUUUCUCUUGUAUUAAUGCGUUGGAUCCUUUAUUAAUGGUGCAUUAAAAUAUUUUUUAAAAAAAG